GGUUGGUGGUGUGUGGUACACCAGCCAAUCCGCUUGCGACUAGAAGUUGCCUUCUCUUUAAAUACGGGAGAAUCCACUCCGGUUUUGCACCUCACUUUGGCUUUCCUGCAAUCACAAACUCCACAAUGGAGUUCCCACGUAUGAGCUUUUGGGCAAUAUGGUCAUUUCUCCUCGUCUCUUCCAUUCACGUUCCAUGUUUCUUCGGAUCUGCUGCUCGCUUCUCCAACGAAACGGAUCUCCUUGCUUUGCUCAGCUUUAAAGAUCUAAUAAGGGACGAUCCUCUCCAAUCCUUGAGCUCCUGGAACCAUACUCUCCACUUCUGCCACUGGCAAGGUGUCAUUUGCGGUGGUCGAUGGCAUCCUCAAAGGGUCACCGCCUUGAACCUCACUGGCCAAAACUUGGUGGGUUCCAUAUCUCCCUACAUUGCAAACCUCACCUUCCUCAGGAUAAUCGAUCUCUCAGCCAACAGCUUCCAUGGGAGGAUUCCUGAAGAGAUUAGCCGGUUGUUCCGCUUGAGGUAUCUCGGUCUGACCAAUAACACAUUCACUGGAGAAAUUCCAGUAAAUCUGACCCACUGUUUGAAACUCCAAGUUCUUGAUCUUUCCGGGAAUCAGCUCACAGGGAGGAUUCCGACUGAGCUUGGCUCUCUAUCGAAGCUCACCAACUUAAGCCUUCGUCGCAACAAUCUUACAGGAAGCAUCCCACCUUCACUUGGAAACCUUUCGUCUCUCACUUACCUUUAUCUCUCAAUAAAUAGUCUAGAUGGCAACAUCCCAAGCGAUCUCGGUCGGUUGGUGAGGUUAACCAUUCUUGUCAUUCGUGAAAAUGAAUUGUCAGGUAUGAUUCCGCCCCAGCUAUACAAUCUCUCCUCUAUUAAAAUUUUGGACGUGGGAGGGAACAGAUUCCAUGGAAACAUUCCGCCUAACUUAGGCCUCACUCUUCCUAAUCUCCAAGAGCUUUAUGUCAGAGCAAACCAAUUCACAGGAACCAUACCAGUUUCAUUAUCCAAUGCUUCUGGACUUCUAAAUAUUCAUCUUUCUGAGAACGGUUUUAUUGGAUCCGUGCCUAUGAAUUUUGGAAGUCUCAAGGGUCUCCACACCUUAGCUUUUUGGGGCAAUGAACUUGGAAUUGGGAAAGCUCGUGACUUGAAUUUUCUCAGUUCUUUGACUAAUUGCAGUAAUUUACAAGUGCUGGACAUAAGUAAAAAUCGUCUCAGUGGGGUGUUGCCUGACUCCAUGGCUAAUCUUUCGACGCAGCUGAGGUUCCUAUCAUUAGGAGUUAACAGUAUAUUUGGAAGUAUACCAUCUGGGAUUCAGAAUCUUGUCGGCUUAACAGCACUAGCAAUGGAGUAUAACUUUCUAACAGGUACUAUUCCCGUUGGCGUUGCGAAGCUUAACAAUGUGAGAGUACUUUACUUGAAUGGAAAUGAAUUAUCAGGGAAAAUUCCGUCAACCUUGUGCAACAUCUCCCAAUUGUUCCUACUCGCUUUACUUGAAAACAAUCUAUCGGGGAACAUACCUUCAGCCCUUGGUAAUUGCAUAAAACUUCAAUUCAUAUACCUCCAGUAUAAUAACUUCAGUGGUAGCUUACCCAAACAACUUUUCAGCAUUCCGUCUCUGAUUAAAUUUGAAGCUCACAACAACUUCUUUACUGAUCUGCCAUAUGAAGCCAGUUACUUGCCAGCUCUUGGAAUAUUCACUGUUUCUAAUAACAAAUUGUCAGGCAAAAUUCCAAGCUGGCUAGGCAAUUGCAUCAGCCUAGAGAUUCUCAUGUUGGAUGGGAAUUUCUUUCAAGGAUCAAUUCCUCCUACAUUUAGUAAUCUAAGAGGACUUCAAUCCCUGGAUCUUUCCCACAACAAUUUGUCUGGGAAGAUUCCAGAAUACAUGGCGAAGCUUCUUGGUCUGCAGUAUCUAAAUCUGUCUUUCAAUAAUUUCGAGGGUGAGUUACCGAAAGAAGGGGUCUUUGGAAAUGCCAGUCAAGUUUCAGUGCUCGGAAAUGGUAAGCUUUGUGGGGGUAUUCAUGAAUUACAAUUGCCUCCAUGCUCUGGCCAAGCUUCCAAGAAACGGGGGAAGUCUCUUGCUUCAAAAGUAAAAUUCUCAGUAAUUGGUGUUGUCCUGUGUCUAAUUUCAUUAUCAUGUUUCUUUACCGCUCUUUAUUGGGUAAGAAAAUCAAGAAGGAAACCUUUGACUGUGACUUCUGCGGAGGAUACUUUUGUGAACGUGUCCUAUGGGGAGCUCUUUAAAGCAACAGAUGGGUUCUCUGCUUCCAAUUUGAUUGGCACUGGAAGUUAUGGUUCUGUGUAUAAAGGAAUUUUGGAGGGAGACGGAAAUAUCGUGGCUGUGAAAGUCAUCAACCUUCAACGACAAGGAGCUCUUAGGAGUUUCUUGGUUGAAUGCGAAGUUUUGAGAAACAUUAGGCAUCGGAAUCUUGUUAAGAUCUUAACUUGUUGCUCGAGCAUUGAUUAUAAGGGCAGUGAUUUCAAAGCUCUAGUUUACGAGUAUAUGCCCAAUGGAAGUCUAGAGAAGUGGUUGCACAGAGAUGGCCAUGACGAGCAGCCAAGGAACUUGAACUUUAUUCAAAGGCUAAACAUAGCCAUUGAUGUGGCUUCUGCAUUAGAUUAUCUACAUGAGCAUUGCCAAACGUCAAUUGUUCAUCGAGAUUUAAAACCAAGCAACAUUCUUCUUGACGAUGAUAUGAUUGCUCGUGUGGGUGAUUUUGGGCUAGCCAGCUUCUUAUCUGAGGUUGCUCAAACCAGCUCGGUUGGUAUGAAGGGAUCUAUUGGGUACAUCGCUCCAGAGUAUGCGAUGGGUGGAAAACCAUCUACACAAGGAGAUGUUUACAGCUAUGGAAUUCUUCUAUUGGAGAUGAUCACUGGGAAGGGGCCAACUGAUGACAUGUUUAAGGACAAUCUAAGCAUUCAUCAUUUUGCUAAGUUGGCUUUGGCUGAACGAGUAAUGGAGAUUGUUGAUUCACAACUGCUCUUAGAAGAAGUUGAAGUUAUUCAAGGCAAUGAAAAUCACGCCAACACAGGAAUCAUAAUGCAUGACUGCUUGAUUUCAAUGGUCAAAAUUGGUGUGUUGUGCUCUGUGGAAUCUCCAAGAAAACGAAUGCAUAUAAGAGAUGUUGUUGCUGAAAUGCAUGCAAUCAACGACUUGUAUCUUGGGGUCGGGAUUCACCAAGACAGACAGGUCAGGUUGCAAAUAUUAGAUGAAGGUUUGUCUUACCUCAGUCAUUACUAAGUUCUUAUUGGAAGUUAUGUUGAAAAAGAUUUCCAAAUAAAAAGAGUUUGUUGAAUGCUUCUCUAAACAAGCUCUAUAUAUUUUUAAUCUUGUCUUAAGACUUUACUUGUAUUGAUAUUGAAUAUAUGAGAUGUACUUCUGGC